UUGACCUUCCAAAUCUCAACAUGAAGAAAAUUCCAGAUUCAGACUAAUUCACGAAUUGACACCGUCAGAAUAUUCCAGACAGGUUAUGUGCACGUAUAUAUUUGGGGAGCAUCAAGAUAAAUUUCUACGAUGCUGAAGCUGGAAUGGAAAAGGAAAAUAAUUGUUAAGUAACAUGAAAGUCGUGUUUUCACAUGUGUUUCAGGACGCCUAGUCAUAUUGGCUUUAUGAAGACUUAUUCUAGCGUAACUCUCUCGUUUAAAGUUAUUACAGAACUACGUAUCGACUUGCUGAAUAUGAAUAUUUAAUUAAUAGCUUUUUACACUCGUGAUUCUUUUUUCUGUUUGCAUAACAUGAACGUGAACGAUUGACAAUCGUGCAGCUCGGUGUGCAAUCAACAUCAUCACCUGCCACGCAACGUACAAGUAUGUGAUUUUGAUGAGAAUACACCGGUAGCAUUUGUCGUCUGCCCAGAGAAGCAAAUCAAGAGACGACGAUGGGAGCCGAGGACACGGAUGUAAAAAAGGAACAUGCUCACCCCAUUGAUAAAGGGUGGGCUUGGAUCAUUUUAUCUGCGUCUUUGUGUGCAAUGAUGAUCUAUGGAGGGAUACAUCGCGGGUUCGGAAUUCUGUUCGUGGAGUUCCGUAAAAAGUUUGACUCGUCUUCGGCCGGUAUGUCCAUCGUGGUCAGUGUACAGAUUGCAGUGAUGAGUAUCUCCGGUUUAUUUCUGAUGACAGUGGGAAUGAAAUACUUCAGCAGUCGACAGUGUGUCACCAUCGGUGGAUUCUUCGUGACAACAUCUCUCAUACUGAGCACAUUUGCCAAAAACGUCACGCAUUUAGUAUUUACCCACAGUGUUCUAAUUGGUUUUGGUUUGGCGGCAGUACUUGGUCCCUCUCUGAUCAUCACAGGCCAAUAUUUUGAUUCCAGACGAGGGAUAGCCAACGGGCUUCACACAGCUGCCGCUAGCUUUGGUGCACUUGUUCUUGCCCCUGUAUUCAGAUACUUCAUCGAUGCUUUUAUUUUGAAGGGUGCUCUGUUAAUUUUAGCGGGAUUGGCUUUCCACAUAGUACCUGCAGGAAUGUUGCUCCGCCCACCGGAAUUGUAUAAAAAGUGGGUUCAUCAGAAAAAUACACGAGAUGAAAAUGAUAAAGAAACUUGUAUUACUUCUUGUUUGGUCCAAAUAUCUAAUGGGGAUAUAAAUGAAGAUUCAGGCGUUAGUGUGACACAAAAUCCCUCCAUUUUGAAUGUUUGUCGCCAUCCUUUCGUUUAUUCGUCCGUUCCAAUGCUUACGCCCAUGAAACCAAAGGAUGCCAUCAGUGUGCAUAGUUAUGAUGUUCCGAAAAUAUCUAAUAGUAGACAUUAUUAUUCAAAUAGAAGUAUUUGUGAUCAUGGCCUUAAACAGGAAGAGAAAUUGUACGGAAGUGCUGAUAUGAUUAUGAUUGUACCGUAUGGAAAUGGGUCCAUUUCUAGUUUAGCUAAUGCCAAAAAAUCAGAUAGCUUAUUGUUGAAUGGAAAAGUUGUCAAUGACCAGCCAAAAAAUGGAUUUACCAGUCACGAGAAUGUGAAAACAAACUUGAAAUAUCAUAAAGAAGAAAAACCCAGAAAUUUCUUCAAUGCCUCUAUCUUUCGAAAUGCUCAAUAUAUUUUCUUCGCACUGGGGUUUACAUUAGGAGUUCCAGUGGUUAUAACUGUGGUAUACCUUCCAGAUGUCGCUGAGGAUUGUGGGAUUUCACGUGACGAUGGCGCCCUUUUGGUAUCUAUUUAUAUGGUAGGGGAGAUAAUUGGGCGAUGUGGAAGUGGGUUUUUCUCAGGAAAAUUAAUACAUCGCCAAAUUGUCAUUGCUUUAUCGCUAUUGAUAGCAGGGAUUGCACAAAAUCUUGUUCGAUUUUUACAAACAUUCUGGCUUCUAGCUGCCUUUGCUGUUGUGAAUGGUGUGUUUGGAGGUCCAAUACAUGGACUCUAUGCCUCGGUGGUGGUGGACAUACUGGGUAUAGAAAACCUGAGAAGUGGUUUGUGUGUUCUGCAAUUAUCACAGGGUAUAAUAUGGAGUGCCAUUCUACCAAUUACAGGGUAUCUUCGUGAUGCCUCGGGGGAUUACAUGUUAACUUACCAUUUUGUAGGGUCAUUAACCAUAAUUGCUGCUUCAGUUUUAUUUGUUAGCCAUUAUUGUGUAAAGAGGUCACCAAACAUUACGGAAGUAGACGUUACAGAAGAAGAAACUUGAUAUUUCUUUUUGUUUUGCUGUUGUUCGUUUACUUUUUACCUCUUUUAAUAAUAACAGUUCUUUCAUCUGUAAUAUAUGCUUCUGUAUUGGAAUUAUUAAAAUUUUGCAUUUUGUU